AUUAAAUGAAGCCUACAGCUAAAGUCUUUGAAUACUUGAAUUAAUACCAUUAUUAUCUCCCCCAAAAUCUUGAGCAAGUAUAGAAAAUGUAAUUAUCACCUUCAUUAAUAGGUUUUAUGAACAAAUGGUGUAGCAUUUGCAAUUAGGGGAUAGCUUUAAAAACUCAUUUAUCAGUCAAAUAUCACAUAUUAAUCAAAAAGCAUAGAGAGAACCAGAAUUCAGAUAAUUGAUACGGGAUACAUGGUUUGGAUUUGUCAAUAAAACAUCCAUUACUCAAAUAUGUUCAAUGAUACAUCAAUAAGAGGUAAAGGAUGUCCAGGAAUUCAUAUUGAAAGUCUUACUAGAACCGAAAUCAUUUGAGAUCACUUAUGUUGAUGAUUUACUAUCAGUUUAUGAGGCCUAUUUUUAAUCUGUAUUAAAUUAGUGUAUUUUAGAAUAAAGGUAUGGCUUAAGUAGUUAUCAGGAAUAGAUUCAGAAUGAUAAUCAGUAAGCUGAUAUGUAGCAAAUACAUAAAAUCAUUAGACUCUCGAUAUUAAUAAAAGGUUAACUAAUUCCUCUUUGACAUCUACCUUAAAAGGAUUGAAAGACUAGAUUAAAAUAUUGUAAUUUCAACAGAAUUCUUGACAGAAUCCAAUUUCUUUUAGAAAAUGUUUGAGUAAUUAUUUGAUUCAUCAGAAAUGCAAGGAACCUUUUACAACCUUAUAAAGAAUGUAAUCUAAAUUAUUGUUCGUGAAAUUACAAUCAUAACAUCAUCUUUAGAUAUUUUCACUCAAUUCUAUUAAUUGUAUUGUGAGAGGGAUAAAAUUCUAUUUGAAAAAUGGGAUCCAAGAACCAACAUUGAUCAGAGUAAAUUAGCUACUGAAGUCUAUUAGAAAUAUAAAGAAAGUUAAGAUUUAAGAGAAGCAAUACGGAUAGUUUUUUAGAAAAUCACUCAGAAUCAAAGCAUAGAUUAUAAGAAAUUGUUAAAGGAUUUGGUCUCUAAAGACAUAUAUAAUAGAGAGAAUGAAUAAUGGGUCUGUACGAUUUUGAAAGAAUUCGAUUAGUAUUAAAUCCUAAGAAAUCGAAAACAACCUGGUCCAACUGAUUUUCAAUCUUAUUUGAGAGCUCAAGGAUUCACAUUGAAAGCAGAAAGAAAAGGGGAAUAAGAAUAUGAUCAUGCUAAAUUUAAUAUAAUUAUACAUGAUCAAACCAAUUUUACCGUGUAUAAUAAAAUUAACAAGCAGACUAAAAAAUUUACGUAGAUAAAAGAAGUAUAUCAUUAUAUACAAAAUAGCAUUUAGAAUUUCAAUAAUUGA